UUUACAAUUUUGAUUGACGUUUUGGUGAAAUGUUUUAUUUUUGUAUCAAAGAAAAAUAGGUGUAAAAUAACAAGUUAAUUUUAUUAACUAAGUGUGCCUGUAGUUUUUAGGAUAAAGUCUUCCAGGAGAGUAAAUUAUCACGAUGAUAUCGCGGUCUAAACAUCGUUCGUCAGUGGAAGUGUGCUCGGAUUGCGGAGCAUCGGAUCCGUCGUGGGCGUCGAUAAAUCGCGGGUUGCUAUUGUGUGCAGAAUGUUGCAGCGUUCACCGGAGCAUGGGAAGGCAUAUAUCUCACGUGAAAUCUUUGCGGCAAGGAACCUGGCCUCCAUCGCUAUUAUCUAUGGUGCAAGCGCUAACAGCACAGAAUGUGAACAGUAUAUGGGAACACUCAUUACUUGAUACUUCAGCCCCUAAACAUUUAAGGAAGAAGCCACAACCAAAAGAUCCUCUCCACCCAAUAAAAUCUGAGUUUAUAUUAGCCAAGCAUCUUCGCCUUGCCUAUGUGUUAAGAGCCAGAAGGGAUGAACCUCCGAGUGAGCUCGGCAGGCAGUUGCACAGUGCAGUGAGGAGUGCAUCCCUUGAUACUGCCAUGAGGUUGCUAGCCCAGGGUGCAGACCCCAACUACUAUAAUCAGGAGAAAGGCAGUACUUGCCUGCAUGUAGCGUGCAGGGCAGGGCAGCCGGCACAAGCGGAGCUGCUAGUGUCAUGGGGUGCGGAUCCAACCGCCCGUGAUAGUGGGGGCAACUCUCCCUCCGAUUGUGCCAGACAGGGAGGUCACUCGGAGCUGGGCGAGCGGCUGACGGAGCUGGUGUACGAGGCGACGGACCGCAUGAUCCACUUCCUGACGGGCGAGCGGCCCGACCACGCGGCGGGGCGCCACUACAUCGUGCCGCGCGCGCACGACACGCACGAGAUGACCGACGUGGCCAAAGCGGCGCGGGGCAAGCUGCAACUGCUACCGAAUCAUCUAUUUGAGGAGCUCGUAAUGGAUAUCUAUGAUGAGAUUGAUCGCCGAGAAACAGAAGCAAUUUGGCAAACCAGCGCGACGGGGCUGGAGCGCUGCGGCGUGGCGUUCCUUCCGGUGAACCCCGCGCUGUCGGCGCCGCGCAACCAGGGCCGGCAGAAGCUGGCGCGGCUGUCGGCGCCCGAGCUCGCUACGCUGCUGCGCGACGUGCUGCUCGACGCCACCCGGCGCCAGCGGAUAGCGUCCCUGCAGCCCAGAGGUCUAACGGGUCCGGUCAACCCGUUGCUGUCUGCGAGCCACCUGAAGCAUUUCUCGCAGAUGUCGGACGAUGAGCCUCUGUACGACUCCGUGGCAUCUGAUGAGGACUACGCUGCUCUAGCGCCCAUAGAGCUUGAUAUAUCAAGCCUCGACCCCCGAGCAGGCGAAACCGUGUCUUCCACGUACAACCCGUCGCUACCGACCGAACAUUCCUCAGAACUACCUCGCACACACUCACCCAGUCCCGCUCACGUGCCUGAACGAAAGCAAGAGAUUGAAACACUGAAGAAGGAGUUGGACAACAGAGACUCCACCAUAACGGAGCUAAAGAACCAGUUGAAAAAUCUCCAAACGAUAGUCGAGCAACUAACGAAAGAGAACAGCGCGUUGAAGACCACCAGCAGCGUGGAUGAUGACCACAGCAUGACGUCACAGAACUCCAUCUCCGAGAGCAAUAACGUGCUGGAACUCCCGCAGGAGAGAGGGAGAAGCCUAGAGACGGAUCAGCUGGUGCUGGUGGAGGAGGCGAGGCAGUCGCUGAAAGCGCCCCAGCGACCGGUCAGUAUGUUUGAGCCUAGAGAGGGACCCAAGAAUAACUGGCAGGUUACUAAACACCAGCUUACAAGUAUUCCGGGUCUGGAGCGGUCGUUAACACAGAGCGCGCUGGAGGGCGGAGUCUCCCUUUCGGAUGACGGCGCCUCGGGCUCCGGCGCAGGCCUCGUCGGGGGCGAAGGCCUCGAGGUGCAGCGGCGCGCCGAGGCCGUGACGCGCUGCAUACAGGAGCUGUGGGCAGCGGCGCGCCUGCAGAGGAACAAGUUGCCGGAGUGCGCUGACUCUAUACGACGGACAGUGACGGCUUUACUGGCGCUGUUCCCACAGACAUGUACAGAUGCUGCGUUACAGCAAGUGAUAGUCGACCUCCGCAGCGCGAGCGAGGAGGUCAUCCUGGCCUGCUCCAGCAGGGCGCCGCUCGACCAGGUCAGGAAUGCUGCCUACGACUUGGCCAAGGCGACCAAGUUGCUGGUCACCCACUUCCAACCCUCCUAGCGACCCCUCCGCUACACCACCGUGUAGUACAGCGCCUCCAGGCUGCGCCUCCUCCUGAACUGCUGUGUUGGACAUGUGAAGAAGUGAGUGUUCAUUGUGUUAUAGUGUUUCCUGAUCAGAAUUGUUGACAGAACUGUUGAAUGUGAUCGAAGUUUCUGGUGAUCCUCUUGUUGAAGACUUCACAAUAUAGAAUAGGCCUCCAGAAAUGUGUUAGAUUGAACUAUAGAAGACAAUACAGUUCUGUUAUAGUGUUCCCUAUGAGUUUACCUACCUGCUGGUCUAUUCACUGUUUAGGUAUUUAUUAUUAUCACCCUAUUAAAAUGUCUUCUACAUACUAUAUGAUAUCCACCAGUAAGCACCGGAUGACAUUUUGUCAUUUGAUUUGUUGUUUAUUUUAAUAAGUUGAUAAUAAAGACCAAAAUAGGACAUAGGUCAGCUGAUAAAAGUGAUCCAAGUAACUGAUGACUUCCAUUUCUAUUAUAGUAGCAGAUAAAUGUAUUUGAAGUUUCUUAACUGAAAUUUGGAUAAAAAAAUGUAAAAAUUGCGUGAUGUCGACAUGACAGUUAUGGUUUAGCUUAUGAUAUAUUAAAUCAAAUUAUUUUGAAUGUUCACCAGUUGCUGUAUGGCGCUGGUGGAAGGCGUUACUUAGAUAACGAAGUUUUUUUAUGCAUUUGUAUUGUGAGAUUAUAUUGAUGUACUCAAAUUACUAAACUAGAAAGAGCAAAAAGAAAAGAAAAGAAGAAGAACUGAGUUAAAAAUGCCUUAAUAUAAAGAACUACACUUUUUCAUACUAAACAUAGCCCUUUUACUUAAGAUUAAUCAGUAUACUGUUAGAUAGUUCAGUAGGCUUAUUAUGUAUCUCGGUGUCCCAUUCAAAUAAUAAGUCACUACAUCGAUUUUUAUCGUAUUUUCGUAAUUGUGAUCAUCCAACAUAGUUAUUUCAACGAAAUGAUCUUGACUACAUCAUUUUACAUCAAAUGGCAGUGAUUUGUUGUUUUACGAUCAUCUAACAUGAUUAUUUCAACGAAAUUACGUAAAUAAAGUGUUUUCCUUGAAAUAAUCUUACUACUUGCUACAAGAAUUUCUAUAUUACUGCUACUUUACGUAAAAUUAAGAUACUUAUAAUUUCGGUAAAAAUACGAUGGUAAAUGUUUGCAUAAACAACAAUAUGAUGAAAAACUUAGUGACUUGUUCUUUGAAUGGUACACCGAGAUACAUAAUAACCCUGCAGAUUUCGAUACAACUGGCAGCAAGGUUCAUCUCCAAGCAAGAAUAACUUGGCUCAUGUCUAUUAUUACUGUUCAAUACACAAUGCGAUCUUAUGAAAUACAGAGAUAUAGUUAGUGCUAUUUAGAUAGACUUAAUGAAAUCGAGAUUUUUUAGUUGUUAAAAAUAUUCGCUAUAAUAUUAAGGCCAAAUUCAAAUAUUGCAUAUAUAUAUUAUAUCAGUCGAUAUAUGUAUAUAUGUUAGUGCAUUCAAAUAAAAUAUAAAUUACGCAAAACUUCUAUAAUGAAAUCGAGAUUUUUUUUUAGUUGUUAAAAGUAUUUGCUAUGAUAUUAAGGCCAAAUUCAAAUAUUGCACAAUAUAUAUUAUAUCAGUGGAUAUAUGUAUGUAUAUAUCAGUGCAUUCAAAUAAAAUAUAAAUCACGCCAAACUUCUAAUUAAUUCUGGAUAUACAGAUGUGUGUACAAAAAUAUAUCUUAGCGGGGCUAUUACACAAGUUGCCCCUUUAGAAUGUACUAGAUGUUUGACGCGUACUAUAAUUAUUUUUAUAUAUAUUAUAUUUAUUUCUUUAAAUAAGUUCUUGGUUGUUAAAAUUGAUUACUAAGGAGGUUGUGUGUUAGUUUUGUUUUAUAUAACAAAAAAUUUUCUUUAAAAAUAUUUGCGUGAUUAUUGAUUUUGAUGACUAUAAUUUGAUCCGAUAUCCAAUGUACGUUAUAAAAAAGAUUGUGGUCAUGAUAAGAAGGGUCCAGUCCAAGAAUCUAAAAGCUUAUGAAUACAGAAAGGGUUCUGUAUUCAUGAGCUUUUUGGAUUGUGCCGCUUUGCAAGAACCAGCUUAUGACUAAGGAUUUAUGGGUUCGAAACUAGUCGGGCAUUCAUCGACGUUGUAUCACGUGAGAUUUAGCCGUGUUUCAUAAUCAAUUAAUAUGAAUAACACCCACGAUAGUUUAAAUUCUUAAAUAUGUUUAUUUUAUGCAUAGAACAAAUUUAUAACCACUAAACAUGUGAAGAUGAGCCAUUAUGUUGGAACAUUGUUUGAAGUAAAUUAUACAAUGCUCCAAACUUCGAGUGAACCCGGGAGACACCAGAAACUAAAAUUUAUACAAAUCUUUACUAUAUGAAUGGCAUAAUAUUUAAAUAUUGAUACAAGAACUUAUUAAUAAUUAAUGUGAUUAAUAAUCUUUACUUAUGUAUUGUUACAAUAAAACCUGAUUAUUAGGGCGCUUUUAGUGUCACGCGGAUUUGCUCACGCACGCGGGAUUGGACCGCAUGCGUAAAAUUUCACGCUGCGGAUCAUACGCAGCAUGAGUUUCAGUUUGCUACGGGCUGCGUAACGGUAUAGACGUGUUCAAAAAUGAUCAAUGUCAGAAGAAUAUCUAUCGCUUACAUACUUUACAAACGACGAAACAAGAAGACAAGAGUACAUGUUGAUCCCUUUCUUGAAAAUAGGCUUCUUGCUGGGGCGUUUGUUACACACUUUGGAAAACUACAAAAUAAUGAACGUAAAUUUAAAAAUUACUUUCGAAUGUCCAUUCGUUCUUUUGAUGAACUGUUGUGUAAAAUUGAGAAUAAGCUACAAAAACGCAGUUUACGAAGGAUUACAAUACAACCGAUUGAGAGGCUCGCUAUUACAUUAAGGUAAG